AGCUUCAUUGUCGCCCCGAUUCUACCCUGAAUUAAGGGGUUAAAGAGUCAUAGAAGAGAGGGUUUUUUUUUGUAGAUUUGUCCCUAAUAACUCACCCUUUUUAUUUAAAUCUCCCUUCAAACCAGCUCUCACCUGAUUAAUGGCCAAACUUCCAUAAAUUAACUGGUUCUUAGCAUAGAUGUUUCAUUGGUUGCUUAGUAGGCUUGUUAUCUGGGACAUCUUCCCAUUGAUUAGAAAUAUCAUAUUUUUAAUGUCAUGAAUUUCCAUACAAGAGGAGUGCAGGAUCCCACAUUUAAUAAAUGUUGCCUUUACCAUAAUUUUCAGUUGUUUGAUUUUGUUUCUUUUACAGUACUUUUUUUAAAUUAUAUUAAAUAUAAUCCCUAAUGAUGCACUAAACAUCUAAGAUUGUCACAGGGCAAUAGUGCUCUUAGCAUGCAGAUUCCUAAGAAUCUAUUAAUAGAAACUAACAUUCUAUUGAAUGCCGCAGGUACAGGCAGAUUUGUCCAUAAUUGACAUUGAAAUGGAAACAAAUUGACAUCAUGGGACCCUUAUUUCAUAUACAAUAGUAAUGGUGCAACCAGAAAUUCAGCAGGAAAAACAAUGAACAUCAAAGGCCAAAUGGAGGAACCCCCAGGGAAGACUUUUUUGCUCAGCCUCAAUUCAUAAAAAUUGCAUGGGGCAUUUCAGAAGUUGAACAUGGUGGAUUUGUACUUUGUAUUUGUUCUGCCACAGAACUUUGUAUACUAGCAUUGCAGCAGAUUGAGAAUAUUGUACAACAUCAAUAGCAAUGUGAUUGCCUAGCCUUGAUCCUGAAUGGUUUUCUUUGUUUAGCAAAAAAAAUUAGAUAUUGGAGAAAUACACAAAUUGUGGCUUGCUGUUUUUUGCGUUUUAGUCAAUUUCCUUGCUUUUAUUAGGCUGUCUGAAUCAAUCUAUUUGAUAAACUAGUUUGCUCUAAAAAGAUGACUACAGCACAAUAAUUUCCUUAGUGAGUUGAUAUCUUGUUUGGCAUACCCACUUGUAUGUUAAAUUUCUAGUUCUUUAUAUAAUUCUAUGUCAUUGGAUUAGUUGCAUAAUGGACAUUAGUGGGAAACAAGCAGGAAGUUGUGAAGGCUGUUAAUCACAUGGAGUUCUGCCAACAAGAGAGGUAGAUGUGUUGUUUUGCUAAAUGAGGAUACAGUUGAUCAUGGGAAGAUGAGAUGUAUGGAUACAUUGAUAUUGAGAACAGUUUGCCAAGAAAUGCUUAAAUGCUAUUGCACUAUUAUUUAUUUGUAAGAUAAAUUCAGUGUGAAAAAUGAUGAAAGACAUAGCACAUCAAUUCUUUUUGUUUGGAUCAUUUUUCAUUAGUUUAAAUAAGAUGAGGUUUGUUUGCAAGAUUUAAUGUCUGACUUGCCAUGUUUAUUAGUUGGAUCUAUUUUAGAUAAAUGCCAGAACUCUAACUUCUGGUUGCUGUGAUCGGAGUUUGGAAAGAUUUCUCUUACCACUUUCAUCUGUGAGCCAGCAGGGAUUGACAAGGAUAGAAAAUCCAGUUUUUGUACAGAAUUCUUGCUGAAUCUCCAAUACGUCUUCAUUCAGGAAGAUAAAGCUGACGACAACGAUUAUGCAUGACAACAUAUACAAAUGAAAGUGGUUUCAAGCUCCUGAAGUCAAAUGCCCAUGGCAAUGAAAAAUAUAUUGAUUCUGUCACCAGGUUAAAAGAAAUACCUGCAAGAAUUUUUCUAGAGAUACAUCUUUGUCUUUUAUCUUAUUAAAAUACGGUACUCCCAGAGAUAUAGGUCUCUUGACUACAAAUAAAAUGGAGGCCUUAGAGGUUGAUGACAUUAGUCCAGCUUUGGAGGUGACUGAAGACUUCUUCAGCACCUUUGAUGCUAAGCUGGAAAAUGUUCAGCCACUGGAAGUUUAUGGUGUUCAGGAGAUUCCGGAACUGGUUGGAUGUGACGCAUUUAAUAAAAUCACACCCUGUGAAGAUUUAAGGAACGCUGCUUCUUUAGGGAAGAAUAACCUUGUUUGGGCACGCUGCAAAAAUGGAGUUUCAGAAACCAAAGUAGAGACUGCAUUUCCUGCCAAAGAACACUUUAGGGGAAUGGUUCCAGAUAAUCUCUCCUGGAUUGAACAGGGAGAUGCUUCAACUUUUAAUAUCUUUAACAUUUGCCAGAGGAGAAAGGAUCGGCCCCGUUCUGUGAAUGAUGUUAUAGUCCAAAAUGAGGAAAUUUCCUCUUUCAAGCCAGGCCAUAACAGGUCACAUUCUGAUAUUAGUCAUAUAAAUUGGGGCGUCAUCUUCAAUAAUGCCUCUCCACAACAGCUGUCUAAUCAGGCAAGCCAGUGCUCUAAACAUUCAUUUACACCAACUGGAUUCAAAAAGGGGAAAGAGAUUCAAGGGAAUACUGAACACAAGCCUACGUAUUCAAAUAUCUUGAAGAAAGGGUAUGUAGAAAUUAAGAACAACCAUGGCAGUUACUGGCAGGCUUGUUAUGCAGAACUCUCUCCAUAUGAACUUUGUCUGUAUCAGCUUGACAAAAGCGGCAACCAGAACCUUCCAACAGUCUAUCUGCUUUUGCACUUCCAAAGCAUCAAUGUGGAAACCAAUGUAGUUGAUGCAGUCCUGUUCAAUAAUUUGCACCUGCAACUCAAAGCAGAAUCACCUUGGGAAGCUUUGGACUGGGGGCAAAAGCUUCGGCAAGCUGUUCAUUCUUCAGUUCCAUCGUUUCUGAGGCCAAAAGGAGACUUGGUGAACUCAUGGAAGUUAGAUAAUGCUGAGAGCAGCCUCACUCAAAAUCAUGGUUUACAGAAGGAACCGGCUGAAUUUUUCCAGUUCACAUCUUUGACCCCAAACAUCAAGGAUUACCAAAGCAUUGUUAAAUCAGGGAUUCUUUACAGAUUGACACUCCAGAAUAACUGGAAAGCAUUCCAUUUUGUACUGAGUGGGUCUCUUCUCAUGGCAUUUCAGAUUGGUGAGCUUGAUGAGGACCCUCUGUGGAGCUACAAUAUUGAGGCAUGCCUCUCUGUUCAAACUGAUAUUCUGGAUGAUUGUGACUCUUGUUUUCAGGUGAUCUUUCCUCAAGAUGUGCUUCGUCUCCGUGCAGAAACCCUUCAAAGAGCUCAGGAAUGGAUGGAGGCUUUGAAGGCUGCAACCAGAGCAGCAAGUUUAGGGCAAAAUCUGCAGGUGACACUUAGAAACAAAGUUCAAGGUUUAUCUUGUGGAAAAGAACACAGGAAGAUCAAGCGCCAGUCUGUCACCACCAGUUUUCUGAGCAUUUUAACUACCUUGUCCUUGGAAAGAGGCCUGACUGCUCAGAGUUUCAAGUGUGCAGGUUGUCAGCGUUGCAUUGGCUUAAGCAGUGGGAAAGCAAAGGUAUGCAACUACAGUGGAUGGUAUUACUGCAACCUCUGUCACGUUGAUGAUACCUUUCUAAUUCCUGCACGGCUAGUUCAUAACUGGGAUACUUCAAAAUACAAGGUAUCAAAGCAAGCCAAAGAAUUCCUGGAAUAUGUUUAUGAAGAGCCCCUGAUUGACAUUCAGAGAGAAAAUCCCAUAUUGUACAAACAUGUUGAGCCAUUGGCAAGUGUGGCCCGUCUGAGACAGCAACUGAAAUCCCUCCGAGCCUAUUUAUUCAGCUGCAGAGCAGCAGUGGCUGAAGACCUGCGAAGAAGAAUUUUUCCCAGGGAGUAUCUUCUUCAGCAGAUCCACCUAUAUUCUCUGGCAGAUCUACAGCAGGUUAUCGAAGGGAAGCUUGCCCCUUUCCUUGGGAAAGUAAUAAAAUUUGCUACCUCCCAUGUUUACAGCUGCAGCCUUUGUAGUCAAAAGGGAUUCAUCUGUGAGAUCUGUAAUAAUGGUGAAAUUCUGUAUCCCUUUGAGGACAGUUCUACAAGCAGGUGUGAAAGCUGUAGUGCUGUCUUCCAUUCAGAAUGCAAAGAGAAGGCCAUUCCAUGCCCCAGGUGUGUGAGGAGAGAGCUACAGAUGAAGCAGAAAUCUUUUUGGAGAAGACUGAAUAUGGAUGAGAGCCUGGAAGAGGCCUGCAACAUGUUUGAAUUGUCCUAUCAGAAUACAUGAUCUGAGGGGAAAAUGUGACAACCUACACUCUUUCCCAGCUUGGAAUGAAUGCUUCUAAGGCACUAGUUCAUUGCCAGGGAGAAUACUUUACUAUAAAAAAUGUAUAUGUAUGUUUUGUUCCUGAGUAGCUGGAGUUCAGAAUGCUAAGAGCAUCAAAGACUAAAUUGCAAUUAUGAACUGGUUAGGGACCCAACUGGUGUUACACCAAAAGUAGUUUGCUUGAAAUAUUUACUAUUGUCUGCAUUGAUUGCAUUCUCUUUACAUUGAAAGAUCUCAUUAGCUUGUAUUUAUUACUGAACUUCAAGUGAUUUUUCUUUUUGAUAGAAAUAGAUGGCAUUGUUAUUUAAAGUUCACAAACUACUUAGGACAAUGUGCCUGUGGACAGGUAUUUGUAGAGCUUUUUGCAGCUUAGAAAGAUGACUUAAUAAACUGCUUGUAUGAAUAUUUUCCCUGCUCCCCCAAAAUUAAGUCAGUUCCAUUUUAGAAGCACAGCAUGGUAAUUGUCCUUAAAACCUCUAUAAACCAAGUGCUAAAACUUGCCUAGGUCUUAUGUUAAUAUUCCAGAAUACUACAGAAAUUGUUUUCAGUGAUGAAAUAUUCACAGUUAAAUACUUGUUCACAACACAGUUGUUCACAAAUCAUUAAUUCAGAUUCUGAUUUUCCCACAUGUAACACCACAAAGUUUGAAUAUUUAAUCCCCUUUGAUGUUAAAUAAUGGACAUUGCUUUGCUCAUACCCUGUAGAAGAAAUUUCCUGCAUUUGGAUGAUGGAAUUAGAAUCUGACUCUUUCUGCUUUUAACAUUCAUAUUGUAGUAUAUAUAUAUCAAGGCUCUGAGUACUGUAGCAGAGUCAAUAAGAGCUUGAACACUUCAUCCUGAAAGUGAAAUUUCUUGCAUACUUUUAAAUUCUGCACUAAGAAGCACUGGGACAUAUGUUCUAACCACUUAACAUGCAACAUUAGAAAAUAAUGAAAAUAUUACAAAAAUGGUUCUAAAUCAAUAUUUGGACUUUCAGUAUUCCUAUAUAGAUCUCAGAGGGAAUAUUGGAGGUUUUUACUUCUGCUUUCAACUAACCAUAGUUUAACAUUAUAUUCCAGUCCAGACAGCAACAGGGAUUAGUGUUUACUAUGAUUACUUGAAACAAACUUGGCUGUUGGCAAUUGCAUAUCUGGAAGACAGUCAACAGAGCUGGCAGUGACUAGGAGAACCACAAUGCAUGUUAUUUAAAUUCAUUUAUUUAUUUAAUUUAUAAUUUAAUUUAUAAUCUUGUUGAUGUACUGCUUAGUUCUUCUGGACUAGUUGGCACCCAGUUUUACGUGCAAAUAGGCUAACUGCAAAUGAUGCUCAUAAGGAAUGAUCAUUUGCUUUGUCUUUUAAAUAUUUGUUUCUUUAUCAUAUUUGUGUAGAGCCAUGCUGAAGUCCAUAUAUUACAUUGAGAUUUAUUUUCAUUGCUUCUUUUACUUAAGCAUAAGUAGUAGGAGAGAGAGAGAGAGAAUGAGUGAUUGUGUAUUUGACUUUUGCAUGAUUUCCAGAAUCCAGAGCGAAGAAGUUGGUAUAAAUAACCUGCUUGGUUUUGUUUUGAUGUUUGGUUUUGGGAGGGGGAUAUCUUGGAACUUCCGAAUUAUUUUAAUGUUUUUAAGGCAGCCUGGGCAAGUGAAUCAAGCAUGUGGAAUGUGUGUUUACCAACUUUUUUUCAAUGUAUUGUAAUGUUUUUGGAUUUUUUUUUUUUUUACAUUUCCUUAAGUUGUCCCAUCAAUUUCUUCAUUUUAUCCAAUGAGUUAUUAAAAGUGAAGUUAAAGGA